AUGUCCGCGGUGGGAGAGAUCCCCAUCCUGGGCCAUCUCCUGAAGUACUUCGUGGAGGAUUUGACAACCACAUUUACGUGGCGCCAGGAUGUUGGCAUGCCGCCUGGGCACAUCAAGGCCAUCCACCCCAUUGGCUCCAUCGCUGGCGUCAAGCUUGUUUGGGACGAGGAUGCCAUCAGAGAGGCCGGGUACACGGGUGUCUUUAAGGAGACACAAGAGAAUGCGCUCAUUCGCAUUGGGCCAGCAGGUGCUCCCAAGGCGGACGGGAUGGCGCCGGGUGCGGCACUAAAGGUCUUCCGUGACAACGAGGAGAGUGUGAACACCUUCAUGCUGUACUCCCUCCGUGGCCAGAAGCCUGUCUUUCAGAAAGGCUUCAGCCAGUUUGAGCACAUGCUGUGCAACAAGCUGUCGGAUUUCAGGGACAAGGGAUUUGCCGAGAAGCUGCUCCUCAAGUCGUUCCGGACGGCCUCGAAGUACCCCUUCACCACCGGCUUGUCGCAAUGGGCGGAGGAGCCAGGAGUGCUCCCUGAGGACACGAAGUUCCCGUUCGUGCUGUGCCUGCGGCCUAUUGACUCUAUUCGCGAGAAGUUCGCGGAGUUCAAGAAUGAGAAGUUUGAGCACAUUCAAGAGCAGCUGGGCACCCUGACUCUUGGCCCAGAGAUGAACGCCAAGACGCACCUCUACCACAUCUAUGCAGCGGCAGAGCCCAAGACGAAUCUGACGAAGAUCGGAGUCGUGAGUAUGCGUACCAAGUUCCGUGCGACGAAGUUCGGGGACACCGAGCUUUUCUUCCGACAUGACAGAUUCGAGAACGACUUGAUGAUUCGAGAAGACUGGACCCCCAUUGUUGACGAUGAGGAAUUCUGGUUUGACGAGGGUGCCAACAACCGGUACAGUGAUGUCGAUCCGGGGGAGGCGGACUCUGGUCUCGGACAGAAUGCCUGGGCUGGCGGCUACAAUCCAGCAGGUGUGUCCGAGAUGAUGAAUGAUGCCCAGCACACCGGAGGCUCACUGCUCGAAUCGGGCGCCCGCCCGCGUUGCCCGUUCGCCUAUCUCCACCAAGGCGAGAGCAGCAUCGUCCACUCGUUGUUGUCGAAGUGA